CGGACCUGAAGCCUGCCUUCUCCCUCUGAACCAAAGCAAAAGUCGGCAUAUUAUUUGAUGGGUCACAGGGAUGCUGGAGCCUAUCGCAGCGGUCAUUGGGCGGCAGGCGGGGAGACACCCUGGGCAGGCCGCCAGGCCAUCACAGAUGUUAGUUCAUAGGCUUUUGAAUUAACACCGAUAGCUAACAAAUCGAUGACGGAGAAAGAAGAGACAAUCGAAGCAGGUGAGAGUCAUGACACUGUUCUAACAGCUGAGAAGUCUGGACGAACCUCGCUGCUGGACAGCGGGGAAGACUUUGAGAUGUUAGAUGAAGAUGAUAUCGAUGAUGACCCACCUCCCCUUGAAGAUGCAGGAGGUGGGAAGCAGAGCAAGAGAGACGAAUCAGGAAAGACUAAAGCAAACACAGAUACGGACACACCUGAAGUUUCAAUGGAAGAAUGGCUGGAUGUCUUAGGUAAUGAUCAGCUGAAGAAAAAAGUAGUGGAAGCAGGGAAAGGGCGAGACAGUCGGCCACAGCAGGGACAAAAUGUUAAGAUUCAUGUUAAGACCUCCUUGACUGAUGGCACACUUCUAGAGGAACAGCCUGAGCUCUCUUUCACUCUAGGAGACGGUGAUGUCAUCCAGGCACUGGAUCUCACAGUACAGCUCAUGGAAAUGGAAGAGAAGGCCCUUGUUCAAGCAGGUGCAAAAUAUGCGUAUGGUGCCUUGGGGAGUAUUGACCCUGAGAUUCCCCCUAAUGCUGAGCUGAUUCUGGAGGUGAAACUGCUGGAGGCCACUGAUGCACCAGACCUGGAGCUCCUGUCCCCUGUAAAGAGGAUUGCCCUAGCUGGCCAGAAGAGAGAGAGGGGCAACACCCACUACCAGCAUGGGGCUUAUGCGUUCGCUGUCAAUUCUUACAGCAUUGCCCUGCAGAUCACUGAGUCUAGCUCUAAAGUGGACAUCACCCCUGAAGAGGAGAAAGAGCUGAUGGAUGUGAAAGUGAAGUGUUUGAAUAACAUGGCUGCUUCUCAACUGAAGCUUGACCAUUAUGAUGCAGCACUGAAGUCUUGUGUCUCAGCUUUGGCUCACCAGCCAGAAAACAUAAAAGCACUCUUCCGCAUGGGCAAGGUAUUGGCCCUGCAAGGUGAAUAUGCAGAGGCCAUACGAACCCUGAGGAAGGCACUGAAGCUGGAACCAAGUAACAAGACUAUCCACGCAGAGCUAUCCAAGCUGGUGAAGAGACACUCAGAGCAGAAGGGUGCAGAGCAGGCCAUGUACAAGAAGAUGCUGGGUAACCCUGCCAGUGGCAGCAGCAGCACACAGAAACACAAGGCCAAGUCUUCAUGGGGUCUCAGUUGGAAGUGGCUUUUUGGUGCCACUGCUGUAGCCAUUGGUGGUAUAGCACUGUCUGUUGUCAUAGCUGCCAGAAAUUAAGUCAAACUUGUGAUUGCCAGUCCAAGCCCCUUCAAAGUGAGAUCCCAAAACAACGAAGCACUUAAGACAUCUGGCAGUGCCUUUUGAACUUUGUUGGAAAGGGUUUGGACGUGUUAAGUCGGUCAGGCGCCUGUUCACUGACUGUGCUGAGGUUCCUCUGCUAUGUUUGAGACCUAUAUGUGACAAAUAAUUGAAUACUAAUUGACAUUAUUUGUGUUGGGAGAUGUGUGUGUGUGUGUGUGUGUGUGUGUGUGUGUGUGUGUGUGUGUGUGUGUGUGUGUGUGUGUGUGUGUGUGACAUUGCCUGACAACUGCUUUUUUUUUACUGCCAAUGUCUGUCUUUGGCAGUGACUGUACGAAAAUAAUAGAGUGCUGAAAUUCAAAUUAACCAUAUAAUAACUAUUUAAAGUAUACGGCAUUUUUUUUCUCAAUCUUAAAUAGCUACUGUGAAAUGGGCCUAUUUCAUCAUAAAGCUUGAAAUUGCAGUUGAAUUUGCUAAAUUGUCCUUAUUUCAGAGAAAGUGUGUAAUUUUUUUUGUUGUUCUAAUCAAUAGCUGAUGUAAAUUGGGGUUAUUUUGAUGCUGUAUUCUGAGGUCCUUUCUCCCUUGCAAGAUUGUUGGGCUUGUGUCCUGACUCCUUUACUAAACUCUGCUUAUGUACAUUGAGCCAGAAGAAAUACAAUCAAACGUUCCUUAUUUUCUUCUCCCAACGUUUCAUAUCAACAUAACUUGGUUCAUGGCACAUGUGUUUUUCACUGGAGUAGAUAUAAGAAACACUACUAUUUCAUGCAAGUAUACCUCACUUUUUGAUUAUCAAGACCAAAUGUUGAAGGAUGAACCUUUAAAUACAAGUUUAGUUUCAUUUUCAGCUUCUCUUAUGAUUUUUUUUAGCUUUUUUUUUUAAGAUUGCAAAUCUGUGGUGGGUGUUUUCAAUGUUGCUUAUUUAUUAGACUUUUUUCUCAUUUAUUUUUCCUACCAAUGAGAGUGCAGAAUUGCCUCAGUUAAUAUUGUACAGACCCAAACAAGGCUGUCACCGGUUGAUGACAUAAGUGAUUACAGAUGUUCAUUCGCAUUUCUCACAUUCCCUUCAUUUGUUAAUUUUAUAUUUAUUGAAAUAAAAGCUUGUUUAU